AUGAUUAUGUCCUUGGAGGCAACUUCCUGCCCCUGCGCACGAGCCCCGUUUUUAAUAUCGCGCUGCUUCCGGUUUUUCCCUCUUUUCGGCAGCGGCUACGUACUCGCCAACAUGCCUCUCGCUAAAGACCUGUUGCACCCGUCCCCCGAGGAGGAGAAGAGGAGACACAAGAAGAAGCGUCUCGUGCAGAGCCCAAACUCCUACUUCAUGGACGUCAAGUGUCCAGGAUGCUACAAGAUCACCACGGUGUUCAGCCACGCGCAGACAGUGGUGCUGUGUGUGGGCUGCUCCACUGUGCUGUGCCAACCCACCGGAGGGAAGGCCCGCCUUACAGAAGGGUGCUCAUUCAGGAGGAAGCAGCACUAGUUGCUCAUCAGCCACCCCUGUUGGAAGGGAGGGGAGAGGCGGGGUUGGACCCAGGGGUCUGCAGGAAAGUCCCCACCCCGGACGGCGGAAGGACCAGCCUGCUUGCGUGCGGACCACCCCCUGCGUCGCCCUGCCCGCGCUCUGGGCUCACCGGACUGAGCCAUCGCCGAAGCCCCCUGAACCUCCAACCUGGCCUCUCUCACAAUAAAACCUGUACUUUUUUUGUCA